AUGCCCUAUCCACAGCGUGGGAGCAUCACAGCACUGUGGCUGCAGCAAGGACUUCUCUCCUGCCACUUCGUCCAGCACCCUGCUGUUACAGCAGCCGCAAUUCAGGCAAAUUAUGCCCCCUAUUUCUUUGAUAAUGGAGCCAAAAGCACAAAUGGGAACAUGGCACUUUUCAGCCUCUCGGAGGACACACCUGUCGGUACCCAUGUGUACACUCUGAAUGGAACUGAUCCAGAAGGAGAUCCUGUGACCUAUGGCCUGGCCUAUGAAGCUGGAUCAAGACGCUACUUUUCUGUUGACAAGAACCUUGGGAAUGUUACGCUAGUGGAGGAGCUUGACAGAGAGAAGGAAGAUGAGGUUGAAGUUAUUGUCAGUAUCUCAGAUGGCUUGAGUACAGUUUCUGAAAAAGUCAGAAUCCUCGUGAUGGAUGCUAAUGAUGAGAGCCCAGAGUUCAUCAAUACACCCUACAUAGUCCAAGUCCCAGAGAACACUCCUUCUGGCAGCAGUAUCUUUAAGGUUGAGGCAGUGGACAAAGACACAGGUUCUGGAGGAAGUAUCACCUACUUUUUGCAGAACAUCCAUGCUAAUAAGUUUACCAUAGACCGUCACAGCGGUGUCCUGCGCAUCAAAACGGGGGUCGUGCUGGACUAUGAGAAAUCAAGAACACAUUUUGUUGUUGCUGUAGCCAAGGACGGCGGCGGGAAGCUCAGGGGAGACAAUAAAGUGUUUUCAGCCACAACAACAGUUACAGUCAAUGUGGAGGAUGUUCAGGACACUCCUCCCAUGUUCAUCGGGACUCCUUACUAUGGAUACGUCUAUGAGGAUACGCUUGCAGGCUCUGAGGUCCUUACUGUUGUUGCUCUUGACGGAGACAGAGGAAAGCCUAACAGUAUUCAUUACUGCAUUGUGAACGGAAGUGAAGGUUCCUUUGAAAUCAGCAACACAACUGGAGCCAUUUCUGUUAUAAAAAACCCAAAUCAGCUCAAGAAAGAAGUGUAUGAACUGAAAGUUCAGGCAUCAGAGGUCAGUGAGGAAGCUGACAGCUCGGUGUAUGCUUUCGCCGUGGUGACCAUACGGGUGGUCGACCUCAACAACCAUCCACCCACGUUCUACGGAGAAAACGGCCCCCAGAACAAGUUUGAACUGACCAUGUAUGAGCACCCCCCAGAAGGGGAAAUCCUGAGGGGACUGAAGAUUACAGUCAAUGAUUCGGAUCAGGGAGCCAAUGCUAAAUUCAACCUCCGUCUUGUUGGACCUGGUGGCAUCUUCAGAGUGGUUCCCCAAACUGUCCUGAAUGAGGCUCAGGUUACAAUAAUAGUGGAAAAUUCUGCUGCUAUUGACUAUGAAAAAUUCAAGGUGUUAACCUUCAAGCUUCUUGCAAUAGAGGUGAACACACCGGAGAAGUUCAGCUCGACAGCUGAUGUAGUGAUACACUUGCUGGAUACCAAUGACAAUGUCCCAAAGUUCUCCUCUGACUACUACAUUGCCAGGAUCCCUGAGAACUCGCCAGGGGGCUCAAACGUAGUGGCUGUUACAGCUACGGAUCCAGAUUCAGGGCUUUGGGGAGAAGUCAAAUAUUCUAUCUACGGAACAGGAGCAGAUCUGUUCCUAAUCCACCCAUCAACAGGUAUAAUUUACACCCAGCCCUGGGCUGUCCUAGAUGCUGAAGUGAACUCAAAGUAUAAUUUCUAUGUGAAGGCAGAGGACACAGAUGGGAAAUACAGCUUAGCUGAAGUGUUUAUCACUGUGCUCGAUGUCAAUGACCACUCUCCAGAGUUCAAUGAAAACAUCCAGGAAAAGACAAUGAUCAUCGGAUCACCGGUAAAGAUAGAGGCUAUCGAUCAGGAUGCAGAAGAACCCAACAACAUUGUGGAUUAUUCCAUCAUGCAAGCAGACCCAGCCAAUGUGUUUGACAUAGACCAAAGCACGGGGGAAAUCAAGCUGAAGUCUUACAUCCGUUCCCUGGACAUCAUCCACAAUAUCACAAAGAACAAAGACUGCAUAUGGUCAGUGGUGGUGCAGGCCAAAGACCGAGGCUCCCCAUCCUUCAGUACCACAGCAGUUCUGAAGAUUGAUAUCACAGAGGAGACUCUUCACAAAGGGCCUAUGGCCGCCUUUUUGAUGCAAACUAAAGAUAACCCCAUGAAAGCCUUAGGAGUGCUAGCUGGUGUCAUGGGCAUAAUGGUGCUGAUAACUAUCAUGAUCUCUACUGCCAUGUUCUGGCGCAACAAGCGGUCCAACAAAAUCAUGCCGGUAAGGAGGAUCAUAAAAAAGAGGCAGGUGCCGCAGACUCGGACAGUCAGGAUGGAGUGGCUCAAGUUCAAGAGGCCCAGCAACGCUGCAGAGAAGUUUGUUGUGGAGGAUGACACCAACAGCCUACAGAAUGAGAACAGCAACAACAACAUCCACAGCAUCCACCCUGUGCCACCCACUGCUCCCAUGCCCCCGCCGCCCCCAACACCAGCUUCCAGUGGGGACACACCAGCAUGGAGGGUGCCAACCGUGUCUGGCUCCCUCACUCCCAAGUUUGUAAACAAACAGAUGAAGAAGAAAGGUCAUGGUAGCACCCACAGUGCUCUCGUGUCAGAGCUCAAAAUGAAGUUUGAGAAGCGGAGUGCAGCUAUCGGUGAGCCCCACAUCUAGGUGCUCUUGGCAGCCCCCAGGGACUGCGGAUUGUGUCUGAACAUGGACAUGUUUAUAUGCUGUGGUCUUCCCUGUGUCUGUCGGCACCCUGUGAACUGAGAGCAGCAUCUUGCUGUGAUAACCAACCCUCCCCCACCUUCUGCAAGUAUUACAUGCUACAGAGUCAUCCCACCCAGAGCAAAUGCUGUGGUCUGUGUCCAGUCAUGACUGCAGUUCCUCCCUCUCAUGUCCCAGUGCAGCUGGUCCUUCCCUGCAGCUGUCUGACCAGGAUGCUGAGUACUCUCACACCAGCCACAGUCUUCCCAAGUAAACAGGGAUUCAAGUUGCCCACUUUUGGAGGUCACUACCCAGAGCCCUGGUUUUCAAACAGGACACACUGCAGGCAAGGCACUGGAGGAUGCCUCUUCUGACCUGAUCUGGCAGAUGGAUUUAAGGCAUCCAAACCCCUGUCAUUUCAACUCCCAGACCCACUUUUGAAGAUUCUGGCCUGGCUGGGGUGUCAGCACCAAGUUAAUGUGCAGAUCUACAGCAGUGAUCCUGCAAGAGGGUAGCAUGUAGCUGCUACCUGUUGUCUUCAGGACACAAUGUCCUUUGCAACAGCUGGUGGACUGAUGUGCUCAUGGUCUGAGUACCUCAGUCCUAACAAGUGAGCACACAAGUUUGGAGUUUUUCAUUUUCCUGUGGUUUAUGCUUGGUUUUGCUAGAGUACACUGACACAAUGCUGCACUUUUAUUCUGCUUGCUGGACUUGCCUGCUAAUCAGGGGAUGAGAAAGUCACCUCAACUUCCCUAGACCAGGUGGGGCAAGAUUUGGGCACAGAAGUUCAACAGCAGCACUCACUCCUCAGUGCUGCUGCCUCCUGACACCACAUUCCCCAAUAAUAGGAGGUAGGAGGAUAUGAUUAAAGCAGCAGGCAAAAACAAGAGAAAAAUUACAAGUGAAAAAUAUAGGCAGGUGCCAGAAAGUCACAUAUGUUGGUCAAGGAGGUGUCUGAAAAGAUCAUUUGGUUUCAUAUGCUGCUAGCAGGAGUUAGUAUGGAACUUAUUUCAUUGUCUUUCCUGGUUUGGUGCAGGAACUGAUGACUGCAAAAGAAGGUUUCUUAUAAAAUAUGAUGGUUUGUCUUAUCAGUAUUUUUGUGCAAAUCAUGCAACAGUUAAUGGAGAGGAGGGCUGACACCUUGUUUUUUUCCCAGCUACGUGAAAAAGGCACAUUCUUCACUGAACCUACCCCACAGUUUCUCCCUCUUCUUUGUUUGAGGAGAUGCUUUUCAUUUGGGCCUGGCAGUUUCCCAUCCCUUAGGAGGAAGGCAGAAUGUGCCCAGCUAAGUGGGGAGCAACCCCCUGCACCCUCUGCCUGAGCUCUGGUCCCACAGAGCAGCUCUGCUGUCAUGGAUCAGCACCAUGAACAUUAAGAUGAAAGCAAACUCUAUAGAACAGGACACUGUGUUUAUUCAAGGGGUUCAUGAGGCUCUUCUCCAGCUGCCAUUUCAGCUGGACCAGCAGACCUGGCCCUCAGGCUCCUCUUCUCUCAUCCCAUUAGCUGGUGUAAUAACAUUUGUUUGCACCAGAUUUCAUCAGCUUAAGGGAUAGCUGGCUGAACAAGAAGUUACCCACUGGUGGGAAUAAUCCUGUAUUUUUUAACUUCAAUUCACCCAGAAGUCAAAGGGUAACUGUGGUUUGUUUCAUCUGUGGGCUGAACCAGGAGCUGUAGCCAAGAGAUGCAGGAUGGUGCCAGCUGGGGGCUGUGGCUCACAAAGCCUCUCCUGCCACCUGGUUCAUUUUCUCCAGUGUUCUCCUGCUUACUCCUCCUCUCAGGGCUGCAUGGCAUGAGGCCCAGGCUCCUGUGUCGUGUCUGGUGGUCUUGUCUUCUAGCCAUGAGCUGGUGAGAGGGAAGGGACACACAGCCCCCAGCCCUGCUCCUUCUGCCCUUUGCAAGCACACACCUGCUGGCUGUGUCUCUGCCAGGUUCUGCAAUGCUUCCCAAGGUACCAAAAGGUUGUGAUUUAUUCUUCCUUACUACUGUUUUCCUCAAUGUUGUGUUGAAGUCAGUGUUCACUGUUCCUUCUCCAAGGAGGACUAAGACUGUGAAGACCAUUCAAUUAAGUGAGAUUUAACAGGAAUUAUAUGCUUAUAGUCUUAGAGAUUAUAUUUAAGAAAGAAUAAGGAUGUUUCGUUACUAUGUUGUGAGACUUUUUUCCAAUUACUCUGUACUGCAACUUCAAGGUUGAUUUUUUUUUUAAUAAAUAA